ACGGGACGGGAUGGCUGUUACAUUUUAACUGCAGGGUUUUUUUUUUUGUUUUUUUUAACAAAAGGUAUGCGAGUGAGCGGGUGAGUGAGUCAGUGGAGCUGAGCAGCCGAGACAGAGGAGCGGCGCUGCGGUUACUUUAGAGAGAGAGAGAGAAACUUUGUUACUUGCAUUAAUUGAUUUUUAUUUUUAUUUAAUUCGCUUUUAAAGAAAUUGGAUUUUUUUUUUGCCUCAGUGGAAUACAGUAAUGUUUACCAGAGGGUCGAAGAAACGACGUUCGAAUAGAUCGCAGGGUGAAGGGGAGGACCCUGACCUGGGGCAGCCUUGUCUUCGUUGUGGGGAGCAGUGUCCAGGCUUCAGGCUGCACGGAUGGAGGAAGAUCUGCCUGCAUUGUAAAUGCCCUCGUGAAGACCACGCUGUGCGCUCCGUCCCGGGUGAUCUGGAGCGGAUGAUGCUGAAGCUGGUCUCUGGUUUCAAGCGGCACUCCAUCUCCGACGAUGACUCGGGCUGUGCAUCCGAGGAGUACGCCUGGGUACCCCCUGGACUCAAACCGGAGCAGGUGUACCAGUACUUCAGCUGUCUCCCCGAGGACCGGGUUCCCUACAUCAACAGCCCUGGAGAGCAUUACAGGAUCAAACAGCUGUUGCACCAGCUCCCCGCACACGACAGUGAGCCUCAGUACUGCAACUCUCUGUGCGAGGAGGAGAAGAAGGAGCUGAGAGUGUUCAGCCAGCAGAGGAAGAGAGAGAACCUGGGGAGAGGCAGCGUGAGACUGUUCCCUGUGACCAUGACUGGAGCCAUCUGUGAGCAGUGUGGGAAGCAGAUCCGGGGGGGGGACAUCGCUGUGUUUGCGAGCCGGGCGGGGCACGGAGCCUGCUGGCACCCCCAGUGCUUCCAGUGCAGCACCUGCCAGGAGCUCCUGGUGGAGCUCAUCUACUUCUACCAGGAGGGCAAGAUCUACUGCGGGAGACAUCACGCUGAGAGACUGAAACCACGCUGCCAGGCCUGCGAUGAGGUGAUCCUGGCAGACGAGUGCACGGAGGCAGAGGGCCGGCACUGGCACAUGAAGCACUUCUGCUGUUUGGAGUGCGAGGCGGCGCUGGGGGGGCAGCGCUACAUCAUGAGAGAGAGCCGGCCGUACUGCUGCCCCUGCUACCAGAGUCUGUACGCAGAGUACUGCGAUACCUGCGGAGAGAACAUCGGUAUUGACCGGGGUCAGAUGGCGUAUGAGGGUCAGCACUGGCACGCCACGGCAGAGUGUUUCUGCUGCUCUCGCUGCGGACUGGCCCUCCUGGGGCGCCCCUUCCUCCCCAAGCAGGGCCUCAUCUUCUGCUCCCGCGCCUGCAGCCUCGGGGAGGACCCCGACAACUCGGACUCCUGCGACUCCGCCUUCCAGAGCGGCAGCGACCCCUGCAGGGCCGGAGGAGGCAAGGCAGGCAGGAGAGGGAGCGGCGCUGCCACCUGCAGGCAGGAGGAGAGAACUGCGGCCAGGAGAGAGGAGGAGCACAAGAAAGUGAUGCAAGAGGAAAAGAGUAUCGGAAAUGGAGUUUCAGCAGCAGUGCAGCUGACUCCUCCCCAGACCACGUCCAGCACAGUGGGGACAGCCAAUGGCAUGAACCCCAAGAGCUCUGCAGCCAAUCAGGAGCUGGAGGCGGACCCAUCGUUGAGCCGCGGUGGAUUGAGGGGCUCCACCUCCAGGGCUGAGCGACCAAUCAGCUGCCUGGGCUUCUCUGAGGAGCUCCAGCUUGCUCACGCCCCUCUGCGCCGGACUUCUCGUGGCACGUCCACCUCACGAGAUACUGGGGGCAAACAGGAGCCCAGAGCCGGGACAGAUACCCGGAGGCCCCCUCACUCUCAGCCAGACCUGGGUAGCCACGCCCCUCCAAGCCCCUCCCCUCCUCCCCUGGAGCCCCCCCGCGACCCCUCACCCCAGCUGUCCCGCUCCAGCUCGGCACGGGUCAGCUUCCGGGAGCCAAUCAGCGUCAGCUUCCAGGCCCCGCAGGAAGAGGAAGAGGAAGAGGAGGGGGAGCAGGACCUAGAGCAGCAGGAAGUGGAGGAGGAGGAGGAGGAGGAGGAGGGCGGCGGCAGGAAGAAUGGGUUCCCACGGCAACUGUUCAGAGGGGAGGUGCCUGACAUGGAUCUUCUCGACGGGACAUCCCAUCACCGCAGCUUCCGAAGACAGAGGCGCCUGGGGGGCUGCAGGGCGAGCUCCGAAAACAGCCUUCACUUCGGGACGGGACCCCGCUAUCGAGGCUCGAGGAGCGAGAGGCCCGGGAUACACACCGGGGAGGACACACACACCCCCGUCCCGCACACAGACCGCCCCGGCCACACCGCCGGGCUGAGCAUUGACCCUGCAGCACACCCACCCUGCCACCGGAGGGAGCCCCACAGCCACUACUGCUCCUCCAGCUCCUCCUCAUCCGACUCCGAAGAAGAGGGCUUCUUCCUGGGGGAGCCCAUCCCGCUGCCCCCCCAGCUGCGAGGCCCACCCCCCAGGACUAGAGAGGAUCAGGGGAGAGGGGGGGAGCAGAGAACAGCGGGGAGAGGAGGGGGCAAGAGGAGAAAGGGGAACAGCGGGAGCGGCAAAGACAGGGAUAAGAACUGCAUCGUGUCGUAAAGGAACGGGACUGAGACACACACUGAGACACAGAGACACACUGAGACACACACUGAGACACAGACACACACACUGAGACACACACUGAGACACAGACACACACACUGAGACACACACUGAGACACAGACACACACACUGAGACACACACUGAGACACAGACACACACACUGAGACACAGACACACACACUGAGACACGCUGAGACACACACACUGAGACACGCUGAGACACACACACUGAGACACAGACACACACACUGAGACACAGACACACACUGAGAUACACACUGAGACACACACUGAGACACAGACACACACACUGAGACACACACACUGAGACACACACUGAGACACACACAUACACCGAGACACACACUGAGACACAGACACACACACACACUGAGACACACACACGCACACACAAACAGACACGUACAGAGACAGACACACAAACACACACACUGACACACACACACAAACAGACACGUACAGACACUGACACACACACACACACACACAAACACACUGCAGCAGUAAGAUGACUGAAACUGCCAAACUUUUUUAAAAUGAUGAUUAUUAUUAUUAUUAUUAUUAUUAUUAUUAUUAUUAAUGGCAGUGGAAGACGCUAUCAUAUUAUAACUGUAGUGUUUUAAAUGAAUUUUAAAGCAGCUUUGGUUGCCAGUGCAAAUAAGGAAUGCUUUUUAUUUUCAAGCCUGUUGGCGCUCCUCUAAAGGGGGAGCAGCGAUGUGUGGGACCUGCUGUUUGAUAACGUUGUGAAUUACACUGACUGGGUGUUGUAAAGUCAGGAACGAGAGUCCUGUGUUGUUAGCUGUUGAAUUGUACUGAAUUUUAUUUUGUUAAAUUAUUAUUAUAAUUUUAUGAGAGAGAGAGAGAGAGAGAGAGAGAGAGAUGUCAGUUUUAAAAAAAAGGUUAUUAUUAUUAUUAUUAUUAUUAUUAUUAUUAUUAUUAUUAUUAUUAUUAGUUUGCUAAAGUCCCGUCAACCACUUCUGUAUGAUCCCAGGAUCACCACACAUGGCUGGUUAGUGGUGCAAUACAGACUGAUUCACUGGUGCUGUAAAACCCUCUAAUAGAGCCUGGCUGUGGCUUACUACAGCAGGGUAUGAAUAAAAAAAAAAAUCUUAAUUACUGUGUAAUCUGCAAACAUGCUGUGUGCUGGUGGGGCAGAGAAAGAGAGAAAGGGAGGCUCUUAUACUCUCUGAACAGCCUCCCUCUGCUCUGUGCUGGUGGAGUACAGAUAGGGAAAUGGAGGCUCUUCUACUCUCUGAACAGCCUCCCUCUGCUCUGUGCUGGUGGAGCAGAGAGAGAGAAAGGGAGGCUCUUAUACUCUCUGAACAGCCUCCCUCUGCUCUGUGCUGGUGGGGUACAGAUAGGGAAAUGGAGGCUCUUCUACUCUCUGAACAGCCUCCCUCUACUCUGUGCUGGUGGGGUAC